AUGACAUCCGAGGCCCGCUUCGCUGAGAACAGAACCCGUUUGGUUUCCCAUUUUGAUGACUACAAAACACGGGAUGCGCAGGGCGAUGGGUGGGCCAAACUAUGGGAAAAGAAUGAACAGGAUCUGUGGGAUCGUGGCCAGCCUUCGCCUGCACUGACGAAGUUUCUGGAAGAACAUCCUUAUCGCGAGACGCUGUUCCAAGAUAAGGCUAAACGUCAGUUGAAGGCCUUUGUACCCGGCUGCGGCAAAGGUCAUGAUGUGGCGCUGCUAGCACUUCAUGGCUUCAAGACGUGGGGUCUCGAAAUUUCCCAAGGAGCAGUGGAUACUGCAAACGAAAACGUAAAAUCUUACUUGGAUCCUUCGGCUGGCCAUCACGCUGACGUCGUGCUCGGCGACUUCUUCAAAAGGGAUAUUGAGACCUAUCUUGGGCCAGACUUCCAGGGCUUCGAUCUUAUCUAUGAUUACACAUUCUUGUGUGCCCUGCUUCCUGAGAUGCGAAAAGACUGGGCGGAGCGCAUGAAAAGUCUUUUGUCGCCAAACGGUGUGCUCGUAUGCCUCGAGUUCCCCAUGUGGAAGCCCUUGAAAGAUCAGGGUCCGCCUUGGGGUCUUAAUGGCGUACACUGGAAUCUUCUAGCUGAUGGUGCUGACGGUCUGUUCGAUGAAUCGGGCAAUCUUAUCGGAAAUUCCCAAGGGAAGGGCUCAUUCGAAAGAGUUGUGUAUUGGAAGCCACCAGUUUCGUUCAAGCAAAGUCGCGGCGAUGACAUGAUCAGCGUCUGGAAACUGAAGCAAUAG